AUGGCGGCUGGAUAUCUCCCCAUAGUCUACGGCAUUGCGGCCGUGUUUGCUAUUGUUGAGCUGGGCUUGACCGCAUACAUGGCAAGCUGGUUUCAUAGCUAUUAUUGGGAUGGCGACUACACGCCCUCCAUCGUCAGCUUCCUCGUCUUCAACUCGGUCUGGUCGCUGCUCGUCCUGGCCUACGUCGGCAUCACCCCCAUCUACAUGGCAAGCGUCUUCCGCAAGCUGGCCGCGCUCGCCCUCAAUGUCAUCACCGCUAUCUUCUGGUUUGCCGGCGCUAUCGCCCUCGCUGUAUAUGUCGGUACGCCAUCGUGUUACGGCAGCAAUCGUUGCCAAUCUUCACAGGCUGCUGUUGCUUUUGCCUUCUUUUUGUGGGUACUAUUUACCUUCCUUGCCGUCCUCGAUGCGCUUGAGGCAUUGCGAAGCCGCGGUCACAACACUGGUGCUCGUAUCGGAUCUAAACCGACCCCAUAUUCUGGCGCGUAA